AGUGACCUGGAAUGAUCUUUACUUCUGUCCUCACAGCCCCCGCUCUGCAAAUUCUCUCUCACUUCUCUGCCCCAAAGCAGAAAUUUGUUUCCUGGGAUUUACAGGACCCCCAGCCAGACCCCGGGGCAAGAAUGACAGGGAUGAAGCACCUGAUUCUCUUUCUGUCUUCUGCAGCCAUUGGAUGGGCUUCUCUAUCCCAGCGCCAGCAAGGAGGCAAUCUGGCCAGACGAGGAGAAGCCAUACAAAGCUCCUAUUGGAAUUUUACGCCCGCAGGAUUAGCCAUUGAUGGUAUAAAUCACACACAUUAUAAACUAAACUCGUGUACCCACACUGAGUAUGAGAAUAAACCUUGGUGGCGCCUGGAUCUGAAGAGAAGAUACAAGAUUGGGAAGGUGGUCAUAGUGAAUAGGAUGGACUGUUGCAGUGAGAGGCUGUUAGGAGCCGAGCUCCGAGUUGGAAAUUCAGGAGAUCAUAAUAAGAACCCAAUAUGCGGCAAAGUCACUGACGUCUUAGACGCCGCCAUCACUAUGUGCUGUAACGGGAUGGAGGGUCGAUAUGUGACUGUCGCUAUUCCCGAGAGUUUUCAAGUUCUCACACUCUGUGAAGUGGAGGUUUAUGGGUACAAACCUAAUAAUCAGAAAGUUAACGUGGCAAGACUAGGAGAAGCCACACAAAGCUCUGAUUGGGUGGAUAGGGGCGCUAGAUUGGCCAUUGAUGGCGUGAAAAACACAAAUUACUUCCAUGCUUCAUGUUCCCACACUGAGAAGAACAAUCCGGCAUGGUGGCGGCUGGACCUGAAAGAGAACUACAAGAUUGCGACUGUGCUUAUUGUGAAUAGGAUGGAUGACCACAGUGACCGCCUGUUGGGAGCUGAAGUUCAUAUUGGAAAUGCAACAGAAAAUAACAACACAGUGUGUGGUAACGUCACUGACAUCUCCAAAGCCUCCAUCACUGUGUCCUGUAAGGGAAUAUUGGGUCGAUACAUCACUGUGGUUAUUCCGGGGAGAGAAGAAUAUCUCACACUCUGCGAGGUGGAGGUUUAUGUGGAGCAGAAAGUGAAUCUGGCAAAACUGGGAAAAGCCACACAAAGCUCUGAUUGGAUUUCACAGGGGGCUCAGUUGGCCAUUGAUGGUGUAAAAUACACAGACUUCUCUCAAGGCUCAUGUUCUCACACUAAAAAUGAUAAUCCAGCAUGGUGGCGCCUGGACCUGAUGGUGAGAUACAAGGUGGACACAGUGGUCUUAGUGAACAGAAUGGAUUCACACAGGGAGCGCCUGUUAGGGGCUGAGAUUCGUGUUGGAGAUUCAGCAAAUGACAACAACCCAAUAUGCGGAACUGUCACUAGCAUAUCACAAGACACCAUCACUUUGUGCUGUAAUGGGAUGGAGGGUCGAUAUGUGAGUGUGGUUAUUCCUGGGAGGGAAGAAUAUCUCUCACUCUGUGAAGUGGAGGUUUUUGGAACGGAAUACGCAAACGAGGAAGCUGGAGGAGCAACUGUUGAUGAUGCUGAAAUGACUCAUCUCUUUAUUCACCCCCGUGCCCACACCAAUACUAACAACAUGACUUGGUGGCAACUGGACCUUAGGAAGAGGUACAUGGUACAAAAAGUGGUCAUAGCCAACAGGAUGGAGGAGCACAGCAAAGGCCUGAUGGGAGCCGAGAUCCGUGUUGGAGAUUCAGCAGAUAAUAACAACCCAAUAUGCGGAACCAUCAGGGAAAUCUCAAACAUCAAUGACAUCACUGUGCUCUGUGAGGGAAGAGCUGGUUAUUAUGUCAGUGUGGUUGUUCCCCAUUCCAUGGAGAAUCUCGGGCUCAGUGAAGUUCAAGUCUAUGGGGAGAAAAAUUAUGAUCAUAAAGGAGUCAAUAUAGCCAGACAAGGAGAGGCCGUGCAAAGCUCCACUUACCUUUCUAUAUACCCUGCCAAGUUAGCAAUUGAUGGCAAUAUACAGACUGAUUUUUCCAUUCACCCCUGUACCCACACUAAUAAUGACAAUCCGGCUUGGUGGAGACUGGAUCUGAAGGCGAGGUAUGAAGUAGAGUUUGUGGUCAUAUGGAACAGGAUGGAUGAACACAGCGAGCGCUUGUUAGGAGCUGAGAUUCGUAUUGGAAAUUCACCAGAUAAUACCAACCCAGUGUGUGAUCGCAUCACUGACAUCUCCCAAUUCACCAUCACUCUGUACUGCAAGGGGGUGGAGGGUCGCUACGUGAGUGUGAUUAUUCCUUGGCGCCAGGAACAGCUCACACUGUGUGAAGUGGAGGUUUAUGGGGAGAAGCUUUCCUAUCACACAGGAGUGAAUGUGGCAAGGUUGGGAGAAGCCCAUCAAAGCUCCAUUGGCUUCAGUAGUGACAGAGCUAAAGUUGCCAUUGAUGGAAUUAAAUUGACUGAUGAAUUCAUUGACUCCUGUACCUCCCUCACCAAUUAUGAAAACCCGGCCUGGUGGCGGCUGGACCUGAAGAAGAGGUACCGGGUGCAGACACUGGUCAUAGUGACGAGGAAGGAUAAUGACCGCCUGAUAGGAGCUGAGAUUCGAAUUGGAGAUUCAGCAGAUAAUAACAACCCUAUGUGUGGGCCCAUCGAUAAAGGCACUGAAGCCAUUAUCAUUCUGUCCUGUGAUGGAAUGGCGGGUCGCUAUGUGAGUGUGGUUAUUCCCUGGAGAGAGAGACAUCUCCAGCUCUGUGAAGUGGAGGUUUAUGGGGAAGAAUCUAGAAAUCAGAAAGGAAUAAACCUGGCAAGAUCAGGAGAAGUCAGACAAAGCUCCACAACCAGCCCUGAAUAUGGAGCAGAAAGAGCAAUAGAUGAAAAUAAAGACACAAACAACUACUUACAGCCCUGCACCCAGACAAAGAAGGACAGUCCCGCUUGGUGGAGGCUGGACCUGAUGAGAACCUACAGGAUUGGGGCCAUACUCAUAGUGAGCAGGGGGGACCGACUAAUAGGAGCUGAGAUACGUGUUGGAGAUUCAUUAGAUGAUGAUAACCCAAUAUGCGCCACCAUCACUGAGAUCUUCCAAGAUGCCACCACUGUCUAUUGUUAUGGGAUGGAGGGACGUUAUGUCAGUGUGGUGAUUUCAGGAGAUCUCUCUCUGUGUGAAGUGGAGGUCUAUGGCUACACUGUUAGGGCACUAACUGAUACUAAUCUGGCCAGAUUGGGAAAAGCCACACAAAGCUCAGACUACAGACCCGAAUAUGUUGCUCAAACCGUUAUCGAUGGUGUUAAGGAGACAUCUCCUUUAAUACGCCCCUGCUCUCACACCAACUAUGACAAGCCAGCUUGGUGGCAGGUGGACCUGAGGAAGAGAUACAAGAUUGAGACAGUGGUCAUAGUCAAUAGGGAAGACUGUUGCAGUGAGCGCCUGUUGGCAGCUGAGAUCCGCGUUGGAGAUUCAGCCGAUAAUAACAACCCUGUGUGUGAUAGAAUUAUGGAUGUCUCCAAAGUUACCAUCACUCUGUUCUGUAAGGGGAUGGAGGGUCGGUAUGUGAGUGUGGUUAUUCCUGGACGGAAGGAACAUCUCACACUCUGUGAAUUGGAGGUUUAUGGGGAGGAAUCUACAAAAGAGACAGGAGCAGCUGUUAAUGACAUUGAAAUGAGCCACCUGUUUAUUAACUCAUGUGCCCACACCAAUAAUUACAAUUUGACUUGGUGGACACUGGACCUGAAGAAGAGAUAUAAGGUCCAAAAGGUGGUUAUAGUGAACAGGAUGGAUGAACACAAAGAACGCCUGUUGGGAGCUGAGAUUCAUGUUGGAGAUUCAGUGGAUAUUAACAAUCCAGUAUGCGGCACCAUCACCAAUGUCUCUGUAGACAACAUCACUCUACUCUGUGAUGGAAAGGUGGGUUUUUAUGUCAUUGUUGUCAUUCCCCAUUCCUCAGAGUUUCUCCAGCUCAGCGAAGUAGAAGUUUAUGGGGACACAUCAGCUGAUCAUAAAGGAGUCAACUUGGCGAGACAAGGAGCAGUGAAACAAAGUUCAUCUUUCCUUUCAAUCCAAUCUGCUGAUACAGCUAUUGAUGGUGUUAAGUUAGAUGAUCUAUCUCUUCACCCGUGUGCUCAUACCAGUGAUGACAAUCCAUCUUGGUGGAGGUUGGAUCUGAAGUCAAGGUUUGAGGUUGACUGUGUGUUCAUAGUGUAUCGGAUGGAUGAUAAAAGGGAGCGCCUGUUGGGAGCCGAAGUUCGCAUUGGAGAUUCAGAAGAUAAUAACAACCCAGUAUGUGGCACCAUCACUGACGUCUCACAAGGCACCGUCACUCUGUCCUGUAAGGGGAUGGAGGGUCGGUAUGUGAGUGUGGUGAUUCCUGGGCGCAAGGAAUAUCUCACGCUCUGUGAAGUGGAGGUUUAUGGGGAGAAACUUAACGAUCAUGCAGGGCUUAAUCUGGCGAAACUAGGAGAAGUUGAUCAAAGCUCCACUUACCUUUCUACAUACCCUGCAGAGGCAGCUGUUGAUGGCAUCAAAGUGACUGAUCUCUUAAUUCACCCCUGUGCCCACACUAAUAAAGAUAAUCCGGCUUGGUGGCAGUUGGACCUGAAGAAGAGGUACAAAGUUAAGACAGUGAUCAUAGUGAACAGGAUGGAUGAACACAGUGAGCGCUUGUUGGGAGCUGAGAUUCGUGUUGGAAAUUCACCAGAUAAUAACAACCCAGUGUGUGGGACCAUUACCAUAGGCACUGAAGCCAUUAUCAUUCUGUCCUGCGGAGGAAUGGAGGGUCGCUAUGUGAGUGUGGUUAUUCCCGGGAGAGAGGAAUAUCUCCAGCUCUGUGAAGUGGAGGUUUAUGGGGAGGAAUCUACUGGUUAUAAAGACAAUCUGGCACGGUCAGGAGAUGUCAAGCAGAGCUCCACCUACAGGCAGAAGUACAGAACUGCUGCCACUGUUGAUGGCGUUAAAAGAACAAAGUCCCUCAUCCACCCGUGUACCCCCACUAAACACGACAACCCGGCUUGGUGGCAGCUGGACCUGAAAAAAAGAUACAAUGUCCAGACAGUUCUGAUAAUAAACAGGAUGGAUGAGCACAGCGAGCGUCUAUUAGGAGCCGAAAUUCGUGUAGGAGAUUUAGCAAAUAACAACAACCCUGUAUGCAGAAACAUCACAGACGUCUCACAAGCCAACAUCACUCUGUACUGUAAUGGGAUGGAGGGUCGCUAUGUGAGUGUGGUUAUUCCCGGGCGCAGACAAUAUCUCCAGCUCUGUGAAGUGGAAGUUUAUGGGGAGGAAUCUAUAAAUCAGGAAGGAAUAAACCUGGCAAGAUCAGGAGAAGUCAGGCAAAGCUCCACAAGAAGCCCUCAAAAUGGAGCAGAAAGAGCCAUCGAUGGCAAUAAAGACACAAACAACUACUCACAGCCCUGCACCCAGACAAAGAGGGACAGUCCCGCUUGGUGGAGGCUGGACCUGAUGAGAACCUACAGGAUUGGGGCCAUACUCAUAGUGAGCAGGGGGGACCGACUAAUAGGAGCUGAGAUACGUGUUGGAGAUUCAUUAAAAAAAGACAACCCAUUAUGUGCCACCAUCACUGAGAUCUUCCAAGAUGCCACCACUGUCUAUUGUUAUGGGAUGGAGGGACGUUAUAUCACUGUGCUCAUUUCAGGAGAUCUCUCUCUGUGUGAAGUGGAGGUCUAUGGGCAUCAGCCUUACACUAGCCAAUGAAAUUCAUCCUAUUUGUCAUCGUAUACAUUAAUGAGACAUGUCAUAGGAAGUACUUAUAAGGCACCGGCUUCUGUCAUAAUAAACCCUGGUUUUAUAAA